AUGGGGGACGUGGGCAAGAAGCCGUACGUGGUCGCUGUGGCCAUCCAGGUCAUCUACACUGGCCUCUUCGUCGUCUCCAAGGCGGCAUUUGACAGUGGCAUCAACACCUACGUCUUCAUCUUCUACCGCCUCACCGCCGCAACGGCCCUCCUCCUCCCCCUAGCCCUCAUCAUCUCUAGCUGCCGGAGACGAUCAACCACCCCUACGGCGACACCGGAACCGACAAUGUCGUGCCGGCUGCUCUUCAAGCUCUUCCUCUAUGCCUUGCUCGGGAACACCUUCACCCUGAACGUGUACAACGUGAGCCUGAAGCAAACCUCAGCUACCGUGGGGUCGGCGGCCACCAACUCAAUGCCGGUGGCCACCUUCCUCCUUGCGCUGCUGCUACGGAUGGAGGCGGUCAAGGUCCGGAGCCGCUCUGGGCUAGGUAAGCUCGCCGGCGUCGCGUUCUGCGUCGCGGGAGUUCUUGUCAUCGCCUUCUACGCCGGGCCUUCCAUACGUCCCCUCGCCAACCACCCCGUCUCUGCUCACAAGCCACGCAGCGUCAGUAAUAGCGCAUGGAUCAGAGGCACCUUUCUUCUUCUCCUAGCAUGUACAACAUGGUCUCUUUGGAUCGUCCUGCAGGUUCCUUUGCUUAAAGAAUACCCAAACAAGCUCAUGGCGACCGCGAUGCAGUGCUUGUUUGGUGCACUUCAGUCCUUUGUUGUGGCUGUGGUAGUUGAGAGGGACUUCGCCAAAUGGAAGAUUGGGUUGGAUAUCGGCCUUCUUGCCAUCCUCUACUCGGCUUUCUUGGGGACAGGUGCAUUGAUGUACCUUCAAGCAUGGUGCGCGGAGAUGAAAGGGCCCGUGUUUGUCGCAAUGUGGAGCCCGUUGGCUCUGGUUUUCACGAUCAUUUGCUCGUCUUUCUUCCUUGGAGAAGUCGUCCACCUCGGAAGUAUUUUGGGUGGAAUUCUACUCGUUGGUGGCCUAUACAGCGUGUUGUGGGGGAAAAGCAAGGAAAAGGAAAAUAAGAUAACACCAGUGGUGCUAGAAGAAAGACAAUGUCAAGGAGAAGGAACUGCAGUACAUGGGAAACAUGAAGAAGACGAGUUAACAUCACAUGUAUAA